UACACGUGUUUAUCACAGUGCAAGAUCAGCACCAGGAGUCUGUUUUGAGUUUGUUUCCGCGCUUGAGUUCGUGCUUCCGGGUUGUUCCGAAGUCUCUGCGUGAGUUUUUACGUGCUGUAGUGCAGGAACUGUCGGGGCUUGCAUCAUCCGGGAGGAACAGGGCGAGCAGCCUCUGGGUUAGGGACAUCAUUAGCAUGGACACAGUCUGCGGACAAGCCAACUUACAACAACAUAAGUAAAUUUCCACCAGAAGCGCCUCCUCCCCGCUUCUGCAAGCUUGAGAGCCGAGCGUCUGGAGUUCACCGUGAUAAAGCGGCGUGGGGACUCCGUGGAGCCAUCAGUCCGCUCCGGUCGUGGGCCAGCAGAGGCAGGACAGCAUCUACUGAGCCGCUUCUGAGGUGUUUCACUCGGAGCAAAGUACAAGGUCCUCAGUGAGAGAACAGAUAUGAGCUGUGAAGAGCUUUAGCUGCUGUCGUUCGCCUUUCACCCCCCUCUCUCUCCGCAGAUAACUUUUAUGUGGCUUUUUUUUACCGUCUUUUAAAACUUAUCAGUCCAAGUUUAGCACCAAAAGAUGUCGUGCCUUUUAUUAGGAGUUAUACGAAGGCAGGGUGGUGUUGGGGCCAGUGUCGGGGUCCGGUCUCUGGCCUCCAUCCCUUCUCUACCACCUGCCGUGGCUGAUUUUGUGAAGGGAGCUGUGGACGAGUGCAAGCCCGCCAAAGUCCACGUGGUGACCGGUACUCCCGAGGAAACGGCCAACAUCCUGGCCGGCCUGGAAAGGGACGGCAUGGUCAAGAAGCUUCCCAAAUAUGAGAACUGUUGGUUGGCCCGUACAGACCCAAAGGACGUGGCCCGGGUGGAGAGCAAAACUGUGAUUGUAACCAAAAACCAGAGAGACACCAUCCCCAUCCCUGCUGGAGGGGUGAAGAGCCAGCUGGGUAGCUGGAUGAGUGAGUCGGACUGGCAGAAGGCCAGACAAGACCGUUUCCCAGGGUGCAUGGCGGGUCGGACCAUGUACGUGAUUCCCUUCAGCAUGGGACCUGUCGGCUCAACACUAAGUAAAUAUGGCGUCCAGGUCACCGACUCGCCGUACGUCGUAGCCAGCAUGGGGAUCAUGACGCGCAUGGGCUCCCCUGUUUUGCAGAAACUGUACGAAGGAGAAGAGUUUGUCCGCUGUCAGCACUCGUUAGGACGACCUUUCCCGCUCAAAGCUCCUCUGGUCAACUCCUGGCCUUGUAACCCAGACAAAGUCCUGAUAUCUCACCUGCCGGACACCAGGCAGAUUCUGUCCUUCGGCAGCGGUUAUGGAGGAAACUCUCUCCUUGGGAAGAAGUGCUUUGCCCUCCGCAUUGCCUCUCGCAUCGCCAAGGACGAGGGCUGGCUGGCUGAGCAUAUGUUGAUCCUUGGAAUCACCAACCCUCAGGGUGUGAAGCGCUACGUGGCGGCGGCCUUCCCCAGCGCCUGCGGUAAAACCAACCUGGCCAUGAUGAAGCCCGCUAUCCCCGGCUGGAAGGUGGAGUGUGUUGGGGACGACAUCGCGUGGAUGAAGUUCGACAGUCAAGGAAAACUCAGGGCCAUCAACCCAGAGAACGGGUUCUUCGGCGUCGCUCCGGGCACUUCGGACAAGACCAACCCUUACGCCAUGGCCACCAUCUCCAGAAACACGGUGUUUACCAAUGUUGGUGAGACGAGCGACGGAGGAGUGUGGUGGGAGGGGCUUGACCCCCCUGCAGCUGGGGUCACGCUCACCGACUGGCACGGCAAAACAUGGAAACCAGGAAGCUCCACCCCAUGUGCCCAUCCUAACUCACGUUUCUGUGCUCCGGCGGGUCAGUGCCCCAUCAUUGACCCCCAGUGGGAGAGCGAGGAGGGGGUUCCCAUCGAUGCCAUCAUCUUUGGAGGCAGAAGGCCUGAAGGAGUCCCUCUGGUCUACGAGUCAUUCAGCUGGCAACAUGGAGUGUUUGUUGGAGCUGCAAUGAGAUCAGAGGCCACAGCAGCUGCAGAACAUAAAGGUAAGGUGGUCAUGCACGACCCAUUCGCCAUGCGUCCGUUCUUUGGCUACAACUUCGGCAACUACCUCGCCCAUUGGCUGAGCAUGCAGACCAGGAAGGCCCCCACCCAGCUGCCCAAGAUCUUCCACGUUAACUGGUUCAGAAAGGAUCCCUCCACCGGCGCCUUCCUCUGGCCCGGGUUCGGAGAAAACGCCCGCGUGCUGGAGUGGAUCUUCAAGCGCUGCGGCAGAGAGAGGGAAGAGGAAGCGGCCAAGAAGAGCUACAUCGGUUGGUUGCCAGAAGAUGGCGCCAUCGACACUAAAGGUCUGGGCAGUAAGGUGGAUAUGGGCGCCCUGUUCGAUGUGCCCAAGCCUUUCUGGCAGAAGGAGACCAAGGAGCUGAGGGCGUACUUCACUCAGCAGGUCGGAGCAGAUCUGCCCGCUCAGGUGGAGACGGAGCUGAAGGCGUUGGAGGACAGAGUCCACGCUUAGACACGUUAGGCGAGCCAGGGACAGGAAGCUAAUCCAGAUGAAGAGAGGCACUCAGGAAACAGGAUUCAUCAGGGUCAGUCAGAGCCUCUGACUGGGUUUACAGGCACAGACGAGAUCAUGUCAACUGAAAAAACAGCUUUUCCUGUGAUAAAUGAAGACGUAAACAAGCUGUUGGAUCAGAUAAUUUAACCUGCUCUGUGCCUGUGAACACAGUUAGUUCUCAAAAAUGCAAUAGCUACACUUUGGACACCAUUAAUGCUGCAAAAGUUGCAUAACCGCAUCUCAGUUCACAGUUCAACUCGUACCUACGUUCACACCGUAGAGCUCGAUGCUCAAAUCAGAUUUUUUUUUUCUGGAAUCAGAUUUUUUUUUGUUUGUUUUUAUUUUUGCACAGCCGAUCAUUACAUUUCUCUUAAAAUGUUGCCUGUAUUUGACUUCUGUGGCGACUGUCCGCGGUUGCAAAUCGACCUGCACGUGCAAAACAACGACGGCCUCGCACGGCAACCUUUGGUGCAGGAAACAUGAGAGAAAAGUGUAUUUACUUUAAUGUGUCAGCAGGCGCUGAGAAGGAAUUGCACCAAAGAGAGCAAAAUUCAACAUUUUGUUUGGGGGCGACAUCACUGGGAAGCGGCACGGUUCAUGACGGGGAGACGCUGGAAAGUGCAUUCAAAUCUAAUUUAACGCACUUUCCAGCGCCACAGUCACACUUAUUCUGAAAAGUCUGACCUGGUAACUUGACAUCUCACAUUACUCC